CAACAACAUGGUGUUCUUCGACAAGCGCGACGAGUCCAACUUCGACCUGCUCACGGUCAACGAGAACGCGUCCGAGCCGCCCAACCAGGAGGACCCGGAGCACAUGAACCACCCGGACCGCCUCAGCCUCGAGGCCACCAUGAUCAACCAGAACCUGUCGCAGCAAGUGCUCAAGAGCGGCAAGGGCGCCUUCUACAAGAAGUUCGACGACGCCAACCCCUUCGCUGGCGACGACUCGAAGCCUGCCAGCGGCGCCUACCGCUACCGCAAGUUCGACCUGGGCGGCGGUCUUAACCUCGUGGCCCGCUGUGAGGUGCAGGGUGUGUCCCUCAAGAAGGGCACGCAGCAGUACGUGUCGACGUUCGCGCUCAACGAGUACGACCCCAAAUUCCCGGGCUCCAUCGAGUGGCGCAAGAAGAUCGACUCGCAGCGUGGUGCCAUUCUGGCGAACGAGCUCAAGAACAACUCGCACAAGCUGGCCAAGUGGACUGCGCAGGCGCUGCUGGCCGGCGUGGACGAGAUGAAGGUGGGCUACGUGUCGCGCUCGAACUUCAAGGACCCGUACUCGCACGUGGUGCUGGGCAUGCAGUCGUACAACCCCAACACGUUCGCGACGCAGAUCGCGCUCAACCAGAACAACACGUGGGGCAUCAUCAAAAUGCUGUCCGAGCUGCUGCUUGAGCAGCCCGAGGGCAAGUACGUGAUCAUGAAGGACCCGAACAAGCCCAUCAUGCGUCUCUUCUC